CUCUCACACACACACACACACACACACACACACGUGCUCUCUCUCUCUCCCUCUCUUUUCUCAGUUAUUCUCUCCUCUCAGGAUCAGUCCAUACCUCUCUCUGUCUCACUCACUCCGUAAUACCAGUGUGGGUGCAUUACUGAGUGCAGAGGAAGUGUGCAGCUCUCCUCCUCCUCCUCUCUCUCUCUCUCUCUCUCUCUCUCUCCACUUGUUUACUCUGUAUGUCCCACACACUCCUAACUGCUUUUUACUUCACAGCUGCUGCAGCAGUAGAAUGUGUGUGUGUGUGCGUGUGCAGCAGUGGACUGUCUCUAUCCGGGCUGCGUGAAGAACACGUUCAAUAUGCUGCACGAGGCUGCAGACUGAUUCUCCAAAGAAAAAAAACAAACAACCAAGAGGAACACGGGCUCCAGCAUUAUUCAGUCAUGGUUUGCAGCAUGGCAAGUGUAAGCAGACGAAAGAAAGCAGUACGUGUGUGUUAGGUCACACCCCCUUCUCUCUCCUGCGCACUUCUUUUCUUCAUGAGGACAGAGAGAUGAUCAUGCGAGGCCACUGGUCCUCCAACACCCUGGCCAUCAUCUUCCUCCUGCUCUCCACUGCAGCUCUUUCAGCACACUUCCGAGUUUGCGAGCCCUACUCUGACCACAAAGGGCGAUAUCACUUCGGCUUCCACUGCCCUCGCCUCUCUGACAACAAGACGUAUAUGUUCUGCUGUCACCACAACAACACAGCUUUCAAGUACUGCUGCAACGAGACCGAGUUCCAGGGCAUCAUGCAGCUCAACCUCACCACCGCCUCUGACGGUUUCGCUCACAAUAAUUACACCGCUCUCGUUGGUGUGUGGGUUUACGGUUUCUUCGUCAUGGUUCUGCUGGCGUUGGACUUCUUAUACUAUUCAGCCAUGAACUAUGAGGUCUGUCGUGUCUAUCUGGAGAAGUGGGGACUGGGCGGUCGAUGGCUGAAACAGGCCAGGAACCAGUGGCACAGUGCCGCCAUAGCGCAGGAGGGAGAGCCGAACUCAGGGACGAGUCUGAGCCACGGCCCUCACCAACAAUAUCAUCCCAGACAGAGUUUAAGAGGAGAGGUGGAGAGUCCUACCCUACAGACCUCCACAGCAUGAUACUUGAAGCUUGACAUAUUAGGAUGUACUGUGCUUAAAGGGCAGGAGAGGCCAAGGAGAAACAGCCUGACUGACUUUUCACGAAGUGACUCUCUGGGUUUAUCUCCCUUUCUGUGAUGUGGAAUUAUUUUUAUUUUUGUUUGCUCCACUGUGAUGUUCAGUGCGGAAACCUACCUAACAUAGUCAUCUGAUCACCCGAACAUCUGAUCCCUAUCUGCGCUAUAGGAUAAGCACUAUGUCUGACCAUUGAGCUGCAAAGCAUCCUGUUCUAGGUACUAUAAAUGGCUGCCCACGUCAAGGGAAAAGUAUGUUCUCCCAGCACAAGGUGAGAUGGACGUCAGAUUUUUGAGACUGCAGUAAACACAAGGCUCUACAACACUCUAGAUACCUGCUGUUCCUUUAUACUUCUCAGCAGGUAAAGCAGAGGAUAUUUUAUUUAUUAAACGAUUGGACUGGUUCUGGUGUGCUUUUUAAGUUAAAGAAAUUUGGCUCGAAAUGUGAAAUUCAAUUCAAGACUUAACCAAACAAAACAACAACAACAACAACAACAACAACAAAAGCAUAUUGUUCAUCUGAGGGUUUUUUUCUCUCUCUCUCGUUUCCUUUUAGAAGUCAUCCAAAAUAAUCAAGACAUGGGUUUGAAAAAUAUUGCUUGAAAGUUUGUAUAUGAUCAGAAUUAGGGUUCAUAUUUUUUUUUAAGGAAAACCACGAUGAUAAAUACUCGACGACGACCUUUUUUCCCCCAUGACUGAGACAAGACGAGACGAGAUGACACCGACGUCAUUAAACACUACAGUAACUGUGACUACGUCAACAUGCUCAAUAUUGUUGAGGAAAAAAGACGAGACUAAAAGGCGGUUUAAAUAAGAAGCACUUUCCUCGCCAAAAAGCAGGAGAGAAAAUAUUAUAGACCGUUUGUUUUUGUUUUGUUUUCUAAAUUACAAUCCAAAUAUCCUGCUCACUGGAUGACAUGAGCGGCGGUUUCUUUUCCUGUGCUACGUGCCGUGUAUCAUGACUAAGCAAGCACGGUGAGGAGUAGCCUUCAUGCUAACGUUCGUUUUGACUAGGCUGACUGAAACGUUAAUUAAUAAUAAUAUUACGGCUAAAAAUAUCUACAGUUAUUUGACCGACUAAAAAAAAAAAAUCAUCUGACUUGCUAUAAAACUAGACUAAAAUACUUCGUUUUCUUUGACUAAGACUAAAAUGCCAAGACUUUUAAUCGACUAAAACAAAACAAAUAAUUUUUUUUUUUUUUUUUUUUUUAAACAGGAUAAGCUUGACUAAAUAUGAUAAAAACUAUCAAGGACGUCGGACACAGGACUAAGACUGAGACUAAAUUACAAAAAAAAUAGCUGACAACAUUAACAUUAAUCAGUAUCCACUAACAUUAAUAUCACUCGUUAACAAUGAUACAUAUACUCUUGCAAUACAGUGAAGUAUUUCUGAACUACUGAAGUUGACAAUGUCAGAUAAAGCAAUAUGUCAUGCUAGAAAAUCAUCAAGACGUACGGUGGAUUUCACGUGUGUGUGUGUGUGUGUGUGAUUGUUCCUAAUGAAUUACUUGAUCAUGUGGUAAUAUUGCCUCAUAGAGCUUAACCCCCCUGCGCCUCAUGGUGCAUUUACAUUCUCGCAAAAAAACAAAAACAAAAAAAAAACAAAAAAAAAAGUUGAUUUGGAGUAAAUCUAUAGUAUCUGUGCUUUAUUCUCUUCUUUUUUUUCUUUUUUUUUACCACAUAUCCAUAUGAGUACAGACUGAAGAAAACAAGUCGUAAGAAACGCUAAGUUGUUAUUAUUAUCUCUACCCUUUCGUGCUAGCCUUUUAAACCGAUUUAAGAGAUUGCGUUAACUGUGGACGUGACAUGAACCCUUGCUUUGGCAGCAAUGUGAAUGCACCCGUUGGUAGAAAUCCCGCCGGUCGCUUUACUUCCCGUGUGGAAAACGUGCACUGACUUGAGGUGAGUUCAUAGGAAUAGGAAUAGUCGACGCGAGUAGUUAGUCAACCUGCAAUAAAGCACAGCAUUGUGUCGCGUUACAUUGUGAUAGAAAGAAACCUUUCUGUGACGUCGUUUUCAGUGUGUUAGGUCAGUCGGAGUUCUCCUCGGUGGUUUAUUAAUGGGUACUGAUGAUGCUGAGAAGUUGCCUUACAGUAAAACUAUUGUACACCUAGCACCAGUUGCAUUGUAGUGGCACGUGUACUUCAGCAGUGCACCUGCUCUUGAUGUGGGUUUUAUGACUAUAAAGUGUUUGGAUUCGGUUUUGUUGUAAUUGCACUUGUUAACUUUUUACUGUCACGAGCUGAGAAAAUAAAUAAAGAAAAAUCUAUCUUUUGCAGUGUGCUCAAUAUCUUUGGCGUCAUCUUUCUUUUUCAACGCACGUGCAUUUCAACGCAAGUGGUGCUUGAAGGUUUGUGAACCCUUUUAGAGAAUUUUCCAGAUUUCCGAAAGGUCUCGUGCUCGUGCCGUGAUGCGCCGCGCUUCCACGGAGACGUGUUGUGAAGAUCAGACUUUGAUAGAUCCCGGUUCUUUAAAUAAAACAGGGCGCUCACUCGCACCUGAUCGUCAUCCCAUCGAUCGAUAACACCUGACUCUACUGUACUUUCACCUUCGAAUUAAACUGCUAAUCCUAGAGGGUCACAUAUUUUUGCCACUCACAGAAAUGCCAUAUUGGAUCAUUUUCCUCAGUAAAUAACUGACCAAGUAUAGUAGUUUUGCCUCAUUUGUAUAAUCGAUUGGGUUCUCUUGGUCUACUUUUAAGUCCUCUGUGAAUAUCUGAUGAUGCUUUAGGUCGUAUUUAUGCAGAUAUACAGAAAAUUCUAAAGGGUAAAUUCACAAACUUUCAGACACUACUGUAUUUUGAUUCUUCUAAAAUAUAUGUGUCCAUACACUGGCCUGACUUAGAAUUACUAAUGAGUCACAAUGAGGAAAACAGCCUGAUUAUCACCGACCUUGGAUCGGUGCUUGUGGCUGCUUAUUAUGUUUUGCUCGAGUCUCUCGGAAACAUCGCUGUUGAAGUCAUAUCGCCCUGAUCGCUUCGAGGCUCUUAUUCUUUUCUUCCCUGACACCCACACAGCUGUCUGGCGCAGGUUAAAGUGACCCAGCUCUCUCGGAUUGUUAAAAAGCGUCUCUCUAGAAGCACAGGAGUGGUGAUUAUUACAAGCGCAGAAGGGCAGUCAUACCUUCUUCUGUACUUCCCGGUAGGAGACGUCUCAGGUGGGUUGCGAUGUGAACAGGAGUCCAGCUCUAAUUGGUACCAGGGUUGGCUUUUCUCUUCCUUUCUUUCCUGCCAAGAAGUCACCACUGUACAGCGGUAGAUAAUGCUCUCAGGAGAUGAACUCACUGAGACUGUGCUUGUUUCGCUCAGACAUUCUGAGGACAUGCGGCCAAGAGUGAGAACAAACGAUUGGUUCUUGAAGUACGAAUGGGGAAUUACAGGGACUUUACUGUAGCGCGAAAACACAAUGACAAAAUAGGACAGAGCCACAGAACGCCAAGAGUGGACGGAUGCAAGGUGUUCGAAAAGUCACGAACUACUGGGAAUUACAGCAGUGAGAACAUGCAUAGAUCAUAAUGGUGAACAUGUAGAGCAUAUGUUGUAAAUAAUAAAUACAGUAUUAAAGUAUAUGUCGUUUUACUCUCAUUGGUUCCUGACGCUUCAGACACCCUGUAUUUGUGCACAUUGACAGUUUAAUAUACCGGCAUUCGCAUGCGAUGGGUUUUUUUUUUGCCCGUUUUCGGAUUUGUGACAUUGACAUUGCACUGACUGACUAAUUAACUAAAAAUAGGUGAUCUAGGUAAUCACAGCGCAGUAUAACCGCUCAGUAUGACCACUCUCUCUUGCUUGUUCGAUAUCGCUUUUAUACAACAGCUCCACAAACAAGAAACGAAUAUCGAGCAAGCGAACACAAUAUGGCCGAAUGUUCUGUUUUUUUUUUGUUUUUUGUUUCUCCGCUAGGGGAAAUAGAUCCGGAAGAAUCCACACUCACUUUAUAGUCCAUCAGCUAGCUAGCUCAUAUUAGAUCGUUAUAGAAAUAUUAGAUCGGUUUGACUAUAUUCAAGGUAUAUUGAUACCUUCGUUUUGCAGUGUACGAAGUUAACGGGAGAUUAUUGCCCGAGUUUGUGUGUUAGCUGCUUUCUAAUGGGUUAAAACGAAAGCCAGAGAGUUUCGAUCAUUUUUACUGGGCUGAUAACAUUAUGAUUGUUGCUUUGCAUUCAUCUUAAUUUGCACAAACCUGGUAAUGGCAUUACAGUAGAUUGAUGUUGCCUGAAUUAAAUCUUGAUGCACUUAUCUGUGGUAUGAUGAGUUGCCAGUGCUCAAUGCCUUGAUAUUUACAUAGGCGAUAUAGAUGAAGUUAUACUGUAUGUAGUCUAUAAUCUUUUGUCAUCCCUCUGUUUGGAAAGAUGGUCGCGCAUCUACGGAAAUUGCCGUUAUUUGUCACUGCUUCGGGAAGUCUUCCUUCCAGCUGUUGUGUCUGCUUCAAAGCAACAGAGCAGCAAAUCACAGAAACCUAAUUAAUCUAUUAGGGCCCUAUUUUUAUCCCCCUGCUGCUCUCCGCUGUCUGUCGGGAGGCACAAAGCUAUUCUUUGGGUGACACAAAGUUAGCAUUAAACCGAUUAGCUCAUUAAGCUUGAGCGGGAACGCUCCAAUUUUAGGAAGCACAUGAAAGCAUUACAGCUCAGUUUUCCUCACGAGGGGACUUGACAGGGCAGUGUCUACUAUUUAUUUGCAAUAGUCCAGAUGUACUGAUGAUGUUUUAAUGGUAAGAGCAAUUCCCCGGUCUAGUUUGAGGGUCGUCAUCACUCCUUAGUGACUGGUCACAUUACUGAGAUGUUUUGUAAUAUAAGUCUGAAGCUCUGAAACUAUAAGAAGGUACAUUAAUUUUAAAAAUCGCCCCAAGAGAGUGGCCCUAGAUGAUGGUACAUGCCGAGCCGUGAUGAGUGAUAAUGUUAAACGGAGUAAUAUGUUUAAUUAAAAACAGAUUUUAAUAGAUUUUGCUACAUGUAAUGUUAGCAGAACAUUUAUUGAAAGAAAGAAAAAAAAAAAGCCACAGCGAUCAAAUGAAUCUAACGAACGAUAUCAGGCUAAAAAUAUCAAGCUACUAAUCCAUUGAUAAGUUUACUGUGAACACUCUUCCCUCUUUGUCUCCUUUGUUAACUCAACCAGGUACAGACAGAUAACACCCCUGAGCAGGUCUUCCCGAAUACCAUUUGCUCGCAUUCCUAGGAGUUCUUGAAUACCAUAUAUGGAGUUGCUCCUCUCUUACACUGAUAUGCUUCCUGUUUUAUGCGAAUAUGCCCUUCCUCCCAGCCAGUCUCUGUCGUGUGUCAAGCACAAUAUAUAUAUACUCUGCCUUUCUUUGAAUAAAUCUGAGAUCUUGCCAUUGGAA